CACACUCACCGUUUUUGUCGCUGCGUCAGAAUCGCAACGAUAGGAGAAUCUCUGUUUAGAAUGGAGUUAAAUGGGAGCCGGCCACACUGGCCGUCCUGCGACGACGGCAGCGAUUCGAACGCAACAUGUAGCGUUUUUCGGUCGCUGCGACGAAAACGCAGCUUAUGUUAUCAAAUGAAGGUGGCCACACUCGCCGUUCCUGUCGCAACUUGUCCCUCCCCACUCUUCUUACUUCCUAUACCAUUUCAGUCACCUCACUCUAUUUGUGACCUCUUUGACAAGUGUCUUCUUUGUUGUAAUAAUUCUAUUAGUUAAAAUGUUUGACACCGAACUAUUUAUUAACGAGGUGAGCAUCCGUCCUCCACUUUGGGAUCUUAAAUUAAAGGACUACAGUAACCGUGAUUUAAAAUCUAAGCUAUGGAUUGAGGUGGCCAGGAUAGUGCUUUCGAACUGGGAGCAGAUGACUAAUGAGGAAAAAAAUAAAGAAGUAAAGGAAUUGCAAAAAAAAUGGAGAUCACUACGAGAUUGUUUUGCGAGGGAGAUGAAAAACUUGAAAUUACCUAGUGGCAGUAGCCAAAAGAAGAAGAAAAAGUAUGUGUACUUCGAUCAACUGCUGUUCCUCACUGCGAACAACACUGACAGGAGGUAAGAAUUAAUAAGAAAAUAUUAGCAAAUCUGUUAACCUAACCUAACCUAACCUUUUUCAACUUGUUUUUUUUAACAGGUUUAACUUGUUGUAGGUAAAAAAUUUGAGAGUUUAACUUUUAUCCUGAACUCAAUGGUGAAGAGCUAUUUUCUUGCAGGACAACCACCAAUGUUCCUGAUGAGCA